CCCUAACGCACAAACCACGCAAAAUUUACAGAGCGGCUGUAACACAUUUAACAGCAAAAUGAAGGUUGUGGCUGCAUACUUGUUGGCUCUAUUGGGCGGUAACACCUCUCCAUCUGCUAAUGAUCUGAAGAACAUCCUCGGUUCAGUGGGUGCUGAUUGCGAUGAAGACAGAAUUGAAUUGCUGUUGUCCGAGGUCAAGGGUAAGGAUAUCACAGAACUAAUUGCAUCUGGAAGGGAGAAGUUGGCUUCAGUUCCUUCUGGUGGUGGGGGUGUUGCAGUUGCUGCUGCCGCUGGUGGUGGUGCUGCACCUGCCGCAGCUGCUGCCGCUGAGCCAAAGAAAGAAGAGAAAGUUGAAGAGAAAGAGGAGUCAGAUGAUGAUAUGGGAUUCAGUUUGUUUGACUGAGGAUCAUGGUACCAAGUAUUUUUCUUGUCUCAUCUUUGGAUAUGAAUUUUUUGGUAGCGAUUUCAUAGUUUUAUCCUCAAACGUUGAAUUUUGUUUCCAGAGCUUUUUCAGUCAAGUAGUUUGUUCUGCUAAUGGUUUUAUAUCAUCUUCAAUUUGUUGAUUUUGAAACGUGGCUGCCGAUGUGCUGUAUACCUCAACUUGAGCUCCAUAGAUAAGCCAUUGCCUUGGAAGUUUUUGAUGAUAAAUACUAUCUAUCUUCAUCCAAUAUGGUGAUGUACUGACUUGUUAUGUAGCUUGAUAGAACGAGUUAAAUGUAACCUUAUAUGAUCGACAUUAGACCGAUAUUUGUCA